AUGGCGACAAAGAGAACCAAGUCGAAAUCUCGGAAGAGCAUCGCCAAGAGCCUGAGCAUGACUGGGCCGCUCUUGACGGAGCAAGAACAGACUCUGAAGAAGGAGUCUGUCAUCCUGGCGGAGCACAUCCACACCUACACGGAACGGGUGGAGCAGUUCCAGAGCAGAAACGAGCUCCUGGACAAGGAAGCGCAGGAGAUCCGGCUGAACAGCAAGGCCUACCAGAGCUACCUGAACAGGCGUGCUGUCCGCUGCCAGGACUUCAUCACAACCCUCAAUGACCAAAACCUCUUUGACCUGGCCACAGUCCUGAAGCAGAAGGAGGAGCUGACCUCCCAGUACACGGACAAGGAGACGGAGAUGAGGAGCCAGCUGAUUGAGAUGGAGACCAAGUUCUCCCUCAUGACCAAGGAGGUGGAGGAGCUCAAGCCCUUCAAGGAGCUGCAGACAGAGCAGCUCAGCCGCAUCCGGGAGCUGGAGAAGGAGCUGCUGGCCAUGAAGAUCCAGCACUCGGAGCAAAUGCGCUUGCUCAAGAGCAAGUACCUGCACCAGAAGGCGGAGUAUGAGGUGCAGGCAGACCAGAAGGUCCAGGCUCUGGCCAAGAAGGCCGAGAAGGAAGCCGUGCGCAGCCUCAUCCAGCACACCAACCGAGUCAAGGAGGAGAACAGGCAGCUGCGCAACGAGCUACUCGGCCUCAUCCAGCGAGCUAAAGGCCUGAAAGCCGUCCGGCAGCAGCUGAGAGAGCAGAAGGAGCAGCUCCUGCGGGAGCUCCAGUAUGGUAAGGGCCUGGCGCACAAGCGCCGCUGGCUCCAGGAACAGGGGGCUCAGAAGACCGGCCCCACUCCCAGUAGCCAGCCUCCCAAGAGCGGGCAAAACGCCUCUCGGGGCGCGAGCGCUCAAGGGCCCGCAAAGAGGGAUGCUCAAGCAGCUUCCGCUGAAGGUUUGCCACCACUCUGGAGCCCCAAGAGCAGCCCCAAGCAGAAAGUGAUGCCCACAAGCAGCCAGCAGUCUUGA